AGAGCGCAAUGUCGCGUGCGCUGCAUGCAAGGCCUGUCAGAGCUGGAAAGCGGUGUGUGUGUGUGUGUGUGUGUGUGUACGGUCAGGUCAUGUUUUUUUAGCCGAACUACCGAAUACUCUUAAGCUGCGUGUUUCUUAAAAACCUUCAUUCGCAAGCCUUUACACGGUCCGUGGAAAAUAAUAUAGAAGGGAAUAAGCGGAUUUGAGUUCCCGGCAGGUAAGCGAGCGUUUUAAACGGUUUAAGGCGGUAUUGUUUGGCUGUGGGGGAGGAGUGGAGCAGGGUUUGCACACAGCACACAGCUGAUUUCGCUUUCUCACCGGCGAACAACGCAACAGCGGUUCAGCUCUGGAGCUCAGAAAUGUCUUUAGACGUGUGUUGUGUGAAUGCUCAGACAUCGAUUUGCCAGAACGUCAUCAUGAAUAAAAACAAAAGGGAGAAGGAAUUCUACAGUAUAGAUGUUGGGGAUUCAACAUUCACAGUUCUGAAGCGUUAUCAGAACCUGAGACCAAUCGGCUCAGGAGCACAGGGAAUAGUCUGUUCAGCAUAUGACCAACACCUUGAAAGAAAUGUAGCUAUUAAGAAACUUAGCAGGCCCUUUCAGAAUCAGACACAUGCCAAGCGUGCAUACAGGGAGCUGGUGCUAAUGAAGUGUGUCAACCAUAAAAAUAUUAUCGGCCUUUUAAAUGUCUUUACGCCACAAAAAACAUUAGAAGAAUUUCAAGAUGUUUACCUUGUAAUGGAGCUGAUGGAUGCCAACCUUUGCCAAGUCAUUCAGAUGGAGCUUGACCACGAGCGGCUGUCCUAUCUGCUGUACCAGAUGCUGUGUGGAAUUAAACACCUCCAUGCGGCAGGGAUCAUCCACAGGGACCUGAAGCCUAGUAAUAUAGUAGUAAAGUCAGACUGUACCCUAAAAAUCCUGGAUUUUGGCUUGGCCCGGACAGCGGCUACUGGUUUGCUGAUGACACCAUAUGUGGUGACCCGCUAUUACAGAGCCCCUGAAGUCAUCCUGGGAAUGGGAUAUCAAGCCAAUGUGGACAUUUGGUCUGUGGGCUGUAUUUUGGCAGAAAUGGUUCGUCACAAAAUCCUUUUUCCGGGAAGGGACUGUAUCCUUGCAUGCUUUACAGUUAAGAUCGAUGUCUGGUCUGUUGGCUGUAUCCUGGCUGAAAUGGUCAGAGGUAGUGUGUUGUUUCCUGGCACUGAUCAUAUUGAUCAGUGGAACAAAGUCAUUGAGCAGCUGGGGACCCCAUCCCAAGAGUUCCUGAUGAAACUCAAUCAGUCUGUAAGAACAUAUGUGGAAAACCGGCCUCGCUAUGCUGGAUACAGCUUCGAGAAACUUUUCCCUGAUGUUCUUUUCCCUGCUGAUUCAGAUCACAACAAACUCAAAGCUAGCCAGGCCCGAGACCUACUUUCCAAAAUGUUAGUUAUAGAUGCUUCCAAGCGCAUUUCUGUAGAUGAAGCUUUACAACACCCCUACAUUAACGUGUGGUACGAUCCAGCUGAAGUUGAGGCUCCCCCUCCGGUGAUUACUGACAAGCAAUUGGAUGAAAGGGAGCACACAGUGGAGGAGUGGAAAGAGUUGAUUUAUAAAGAAGUGUUGGACUGGGAAGAUAGGAUGAAGAGCAGUGUGAUCCGUGGCCAGCCCCCUCCUCUAGGUGGAGCAGUAGUCAAUGGCUCGCCUCAGGCUUCCUCCUCUUCCUCCAUCAACGAUGUGUCCUCCAUGUCUACAGAACCCACCAUGACGUCAGACACAGACAGUAGUCUGGAGGCCACAGCCGGAGCACUGAGCUGCUGCAGAUGACUAUCACCCUCCCCUGGAGCAUCGCAGUGUGUGGCAUGGUAUCAGAUUUAGGCCAGUCAGUCUUGCUUUUCCUAACGCUCAUCCCUUAAAAGUCUUUUUAUUUAAUCUAUAUUUUUAUUGAGUAAAGAAGAUUUGCAAUGCAGAGGCAAUGUAAAUACAUGAGUUACGAGUGUGUAAGUUGGCAUUAUUUGCAUCCUACAGUAACUACUGCAAUAUUCUAUCAUUUUUUUCUUUAAAGAAGUUUAAGCAGACCCUAACUCUGGAAUGCAUGUACGUUUCACACGCUCACAUAAUUCUUCCCUUAAAUGAACAUGUCAGUGUAGAAUGUAAAGACUAAAUUGUAAAUAUAUAUUUUUAUUUUUUCCAUUUUUUCUUUAUAUGUGUGCGGGUUUAUGUUUGAGUGGAUAUGUCUGGGGUCACAAACUUACUUUCGACCAUUUAGAUAGUAGAUGUAAAAUAUUGAAUAGUGCAUAAAUUGUUAGCAAUGUUGUACAGCUAUUUAUUUUCUUUUUUUCUGAGAUAGUUUCAUCUACUUGGUGGUUUUUAAAGCUGUGCCCCAGUAUUUGUUUAUUUUAUUUGCACAUUUUUGUUAAAGCAAGGAAUUGUUUUUUGAGCAUCCAAACAACUUCAUAAAUACAGUAUAACAGUUAUUUAAUGAGCCUGCAUGGAUCCUUUGCUUGGCUUUUGCAGUGCAUAAAUUAUUAUUUAAUUAUUUAUUUUUUAAUUGUGUCAAAAUACUCUAAGGUAAUUGUAUUUCAAUCAUAAUAUAGGCUUUGAGAAUCAUUAUUCCCAGUUUUGCUACAACCGGAUUUAAACUUUUAAUUCUCAUGUUACAUGUACUGGAUAUGCAAUCCAGUUAAAUCCGUAUUAAAGGUAGUUCUUUUAUACUUGAAAUGCUGUCCUGCAAUAGAAUGUGGAGAAGGUUAUUGCAAGGCAAAUGAAAGUAUUUUCAUUUUUUUUGUAUGCAAAAUCUAUUUAUAUCAUGAUGUCAACUGAUUAUUUUGGUAAGAUGUAACAAAAAUAUUUCAAUCUUCUUUAAAGGUAUUUUAAUUUAUAUAUUUUUAAAAAGACAGAAAGGUUUGUAAUGACCGGUGCUGUAGAAAUAAAUGUGUAGUGUGUUAAGUACAGUAUGUCAGUUUGCGUUAGCUGCUGUACUGUAUUACAGAAGUGUUUUAGAAAUGCUGAACAUAUGAGGGGGGUGUGUGUGUGUGUGUGUGCACACAUGCGUGUUGUGGGACUUUUUUCUUCUUUCACAAAGAUUUUUAAAAAUGUUUUUCUUUCUUAAUGUUUAACUUUGAAAAAGUAGUUAAAUAGGAAUGAAUUGUUAUGAAUGUUAGUGAGAACAUAACUUUUGUUAGUUAGAAAAUCCUUGAAACAGGUUUUGGGUUUACACCAUGUCUAAUUUUAAGUGCUCUUAUGACUGUGAUAAUAAUUUCAAUGACCCACUGGAAAUAUUUAACUGCUAUAGUUAAACCCUGAAAUAAAUUGGAAUUUGCACAAAAGCUGUUACCAUGUGUGACUUUAACAGAAGACAGAGCAGGAUCAGCUUCAGUAAAAUUUGAACUACCUCAUUCUUAACAGUUAGUUCACAUUUUAGUUUCUCAAUGUGAAUUUGAUCAUUUGUUUGUUUAUUUUAAAACUGUUUCAGUGAUAGCUGUGAGUAUGGAGUUGUGUGAAUGUUAUCUAUAUGUAGUAUGUACACCAUUUAGUUUUAAAUGGACGAAUGAUUUGCUGCUGCAACCCUCAUUAAGAUAAAGUUGAAUAUAAAUAUGAUUUGCUCUCUCUAGUUUUGUUAGUUCAUGUAGAACAGUAUUCAAAAUCCUUCCCUAUAGGUAAUGAGAAUCCUGCCAUUUCGCCCUUUUUUUCUGAGGUUUGUGUGUGAUUAAACAUAUUGUAUUUUGUAGGCCAUGUGGUUCUUUUUACUGAUAAUCCAGUUUUAACCUUAUACAUGAGCUCACUUCAUUACAUUUUCCUAUUAGAUCUCGACGCUUGCAGCAUUUAUGGACAUCUUACACUAGCCACUAAAUAUAAUAAAAAUAAUAAAACCCAGCUUGGACAUUUCUCCAAGUACAUGGAUUGCUAAUGGAGCUGAGUUGAGAAUGUGAAAUACCCAUAUUCAGAAAGACAUAAAAAGUAUGAUCAUGUGUCGAUAAUGAUGGUUGUAGAAUGCCCCACACCCACAGUUAUAUGUAAAGGUCAUCAGUGUGUGUACUACACCAUUCGAGUGCACUGGCAUUCAACAGUGUUGUAACCACUGCAAAUAAACACAAUUCAAAACUAA